AUGUACAAGUUGUGUAUAUUAGUUCUUGGUGUAGCGUCUGCUUUACCAAAUCCACGUAUAGACCAAAAUACAGCGGAGCCUACAGUUGAAAAUGCAGCAAGAGCCAUGGGAAAGGACUGUUCCAAUGGAAUAUUCAGUGCCACGUGUUUAAAAAUAGAAGCUAUAUCAGUGUUGGAGAAAUUAAGUUCAAGGGAUGAACUAAAUUUGUUGCCAGGGAUCAGUGUUGUGAAAGAAUCUAAGGAAAAUGAUAGUAAGGCUGAGGAAUUCGCCGCUGAUCUUGCGAGAGCGUUCCCAUCGAAACCUGAGGAGAGAUUGGACAAAUAUCUCUUGUAUAGAUUGGGAAGUUACCUGGACAAUCAUUCAGUGAAGCUGAGAUUGAUGGACAGUGGUGCGACUGAAGAGGCUCGAGCUAUGAUGAGUGAAGGUCGUGGGAAAGGAGACAUGUUGGGAGGAGGCAAGAAAGGAGGCAUGGGUGGAUUAGUUGUUGCUGCUAUGAUGAUGAAGAGUACUCUCAUGACAGUGGGUCUUGGCGCACUCGCUAUGCUCGCUGGGAAAGCGCUUAUGACAGCUAUGAUGUCUCUUCUACUAUCAGGAAUAAUUGGUCUCAAAUCAUUAUCAGGCGGCGGUAAAUCUACAACAUACGAAGUUAUAUCAAAACCAAUAUAUACUCACUCCCAUUCACACUCCACUUCCCAUGAAGAUGUAGGAGGUUAUGGUCAUUCGGGCUACGGAAGGAGUUUGAAGGCUGAGCGAUAG